GGGUGGAGAGCUGGCACGCGCAGAGAAAAAUAUGUGAGCAGCACUGAUGAAAACCUUUGUCACCUGGCAGUUUUUUAAAAUUUCGAUUCACAGAAAACCUGCACCUAUUUUUCCCAACUUAUUUUUAUUAAUAACCUCACAUCCACGAGGAUCCGGAUCUAGGCAUGACUUUAGGACACAUCCUCGGGGAUUAGUGUUGAAAUGUCAGGAGACACGAACUACGAAGGCUCAGCAGGUGUAGUCCAUGCUGCACACAUCAACCUCAGCUGCACCUCCAACGCGACCAACAGCUGCGACUCGGACUUCUUCCACCUGUCAGACUUCAACAAACCCGAUUUUGUUGGAGAUGGCGCCGCCGUUGUGAGGAUUAUAAUCUCUGUCAUUUACUCGCUGGUGUGCGCGCUGGGUUUGGUUGGAAAUCUGCUGGUUCUGUACCUGAUGAAGUCCAAACAUGUGUGGAAAAAAUCCUCCAUCAACCUCUUCGUAACUUGUUUGGCUCUGACGGACCUCCAGUUCGUGCUGACUCUGCCGUUCUGGGCGGUGGAAAACGUGUUGGACUUCACGUGGCUGUUCGGCAAAGCGAUGUGCAAGAUCGUCUCCUAUGUGACGGCCAUGAACAUGUAUGCCAGCGUGUUUUUCCUCACUGCUAUGAGCGUGACACGGUACUGGUCGCUCGCCUCCGCGCUCAAGGGCAGGCGGCGGCGGCCGCACUGCUGCCCCGCGCGCUGCAUCACCGUUUUCAUCUGGAUCGCCGCUGUCUCCGCCGCGCUGCCGCACGCGGUUUUCUCCACGACCGUGAGCGUUUCCAGUGAGGACUUGUGCCUCGUCAAGUUCCCGGAAACCAACGGAAGCGCGCAGUUUUGGCUGGGCCUCUAUCAUUCUCAGAAAGUGCUGCUGGGUUUCGUGUUGCCUCUGGGCAUCAUCUCAGCCUGCUACCUGCUCCUUCUGCGCUCCAUCACCUCCAAAAACAUCAACACGUCGAGCGCCAAGCGACGCGCGAAGGUCACCAAGUCCGUAACCAUAGUGGUCUUAUCCUUUUUCCUCUGCUGGCUGCCCAACCAGGCGCUGACAGCCUGGGGCAUCCUCAUUAAACUCAACGUGGUUCACUUCAGUUAUGAGUACUACACCACGCAGGUGUACGUCUUCCCCGUGUCCGUGUGCCUGGCGCACUCCAACAGCUGCCUGAACCCCAUUCUGUACUGCCUGAUGAGGCGUGAGUUCAGGAAAGCGCUGAGAAAGCUCUUCUGGCGGAUGACGUCGCCGAAAAUAAGGCCGAUCACAGCCACCACAAAGCCCGCGAUGGACGAGCAAGGGCCGGUCCUGGUGCCCGUGAGCGCGCCCGAGGAGCCCGCUGUUGUGUUCUAUCCUCCGGGGGCUGUCAUGUACAAUGAUCGGCGAGAUCUGCCGCACGCAGGAUCAUAAUUUAAAGGGCCUCGCAUGGACAGUUAAACAUUUUUAUUUUUAUUUUUGAUUGUUUGAUUGCUAUUGCUCCGCCAGGAAUGUUGUCUGAGUCCAAGUUGGAUGUGCAUUUAAAAAAAGGCGACAAAAGAUCAUGUUUGAUAUUCUUCAUAUGGAUGUUGUGGUGUUCUUCACAAUACAUGAACAUUUCCCUUGUGCUAAGAAUACAAAUAGUAUUUUAAAUGUGCCAAGUCUGUCCAAUUCUUUUUUUUUUAAUAAAUAAAAAUACUACAACUAAUAAUAAUGUGCAAGUAAAGUGCAUCUACAAUACAUGAGACAGUUGCUGUGGCUUGUAUUUGUUUAUUUGUUCAUUACACUCUUGUCUGCACACAGUGAUGCACAGAUUUUAAAUUGGGAGGAUUAGGUGAUUACAUCUGAGGAUUUGGUAUUGAAUUAUAUAAAAAGGGCAUUUGUUGUACAUUAUAAAAACAUCUCUGCAUCGCCUUGCUAUGUGGUCACAUUGCUGUUUCUACUGCUAUAUUAUAUGUAUUGAUGUUUGCAAUCAGAGAGAGAGUGUCAGGAUCUGUGUUGUUUCGUGUUUCCUGUCUUAUUUUGAAGUCCUUGUCUCUCGUGUCCUCUGUUUCUCUUCACUUCCUGUCCCUGUGAUUGUCUGCCCUGUUCCUGAUUGUUUCCUCCUGUGUCCAAUCACCUGCACCAGCCCUCUGUAUUUAAGUCCUGUUCAUGUCAUUCCCCUUUGUCGGUUCGUCUUGUCUAGAUCGUGGAAGAUCUUGUGUGCAUGUUUUGUAUCCUGGUUUUUUGGAAUCCUGUUUUGGAAUCCUGUUUAGCAAUAAAAGUUGCUUUUCC